AUGCCAAUAGAUAAAUCAUGGAUUUCUAAACCACGAAACACCAUUGAAUAUGCAAAAGGAUUGAACGUCUUUUUGGAUUUUGCUUUUGAACAUGGAUCAAGUGUAAGCGAACCUUUGGCUGCUACAAGUGCAAAUGUGGUUGAAGAUAUUUUAGAAUCUCGAAAUCCAAUGGAAGAUAUGUUGAAUGAUGCCUUUAGGUUUGUGGGGCAUGAUGUUAAUGAUUUUGACGAGGCUAUUGAAGAUGAUGAUGUGCAAAAUAAUAUGGUGCGUGAUGAAGGAAAUACAAACAUUGAUGCUCUUUUGAAGGACAAUAACCAACCAUUAUAUGAAAGUUGUACAAAGUAUUCGAAACUAUCAUUCAUGCUAAAGUUGUAUCAUAUUAAGUGCAUGUGUAGAAUGAGUGACAAGGCAAUGACAAUGAUUCUAGACUUGCUAAAGGAUGCAUUUGAACAUGCUAAGUUUCCUAACUCCUUGUAUGAGGCUAAGAAUGUUAUUACCAAACUUGGUCUUAAUUAUGUCAAAAUACCAGCUUGCCCAAAAGAUUGCAUGCUAUAUUGGGGUGAAGAGAAUGAAGGCUUAGAAGAAUGUAAAAGGUGCAAGACGUCUAAGUGGAAAGAUAAAAAUAAGAAGCAAUAUGCAAAGAUCUUGCGUUACUUUCCAUUAAAGUCGAGAUUGCAAAGAUUGUUUAUGUGUUCUAAGACAGCUAAUUCAAUGACAUGGCAUGCAUCCGGAAAUAACCAAGACGGAUUAAUGAGGCAUCCUAGAGAUUCUGAGGCUUGGAAAACAUUUGAUUUAUUGCAUCCAGAAUUUGUAAAUGAUCCUCGGAAUGUACGAUUAGGAUUAGCUACUGAUGGUUUCAAUCCUUUUGGGAACAUGAGUACAAGUCACAGGAAUGACAUUGAUGUCUACUUAGAACCAUUAAUCAAAGAAUUGAAGGAGUUAUGGUAUGAUGGAGUGCAAACAUUUGACUAUUCGAAAAAAGAAAUGUUUACACUACGAGCGGCUUUGAUGUGGACAAUUAGUGACUUCCCUGGACUAGAAAAUUUAUCUGGAUGGAACACACACACUAGUCUUGCUUGCCCUACUUGUAACUUUGAUACAGACUCAUGUUGGUUGUACAGAGGCAAAUUCAGUUUUAUGGGGCACCGUCGAUUUUUACCAAAAGACCAUAGAUUUAGGUUGAGUCAAACUCUUUUCAAUGGAAGUACUGAAUUAAGGGAUGCACCAAGUUCUUUGUCAGGGUCAGACAUAUUUAAACAAGUUGAGGGUGUGAAUGUUACAUUUGGGAAACCAUUAGAAACUACAAAUGCAAGUAAGAGGGCUCGAGGAAACAAUAUUGAUGCUAUUGGACCAGAUCAAUGGAGAAAGAGAAGUAUAUUUUUUGACCUUCCUUAUUGGGAGACCAAUUUGUUACGCCAUUGUCUAGAUGUCAUGCAUAUUGAGAAGAAUGUAUGUGACAAUGUUUUGUACACUUUACUUAAUGAUCCUAAGAAAUCAAAAGAUAAUAUUAAAGCUCGAAAGGUUCUUAAAGAAAUGGAUGGAUACUCAAGUAACAUUUCAAGGUGUAUUGACAUGAAAAAUGGAAAGAUCUUUGGCCUAAAAGGUCAUGAUUGUGAUAUUCUUAUGGAACAAUUACUACCUAUUGCGAUACGUAAUGUUUUACCAAACAAUGUGACUGCAGUGAUAGUAGAGCUAUGUUCCUUUUUUCGACAAUUAUGUGGUAAAUCUUUAAGUCAAUUAGAUCUUGAUAAGCUUGAGUCUCGCAUGAUUCAAACUCUUUGCCACUUGGAAAUGUUAUUCCCUCCUACUUUUUUUACAAUCAUGGUUCAUUUAACUUGUCACCUAGCUGGUGAGGCAAAACUUGGAGGUCCGGUCCAUUAUCGUUGGAUGUAUCCCAUUGAAAGGGAAUUUAAAGAUCAUUUACGAAGGCGGUCUAGAGGGCGAAGAAUUUCAAAUACAGACUUAGAAAAGAUUGUUAAUAAGGAUUUCAUAAACUGGUUUCCUCAAAGGAUUCAAAACCCAGAUAUUUCAAGUUCAGUGUCAGAUGAUCUCAAAUAUCUAGCUCAAGGUCCAACACCACAUGCUAGAAGAUUUACUGCCUUCAAUGUAAAUGGAUUCAAAUUUAGAACUGAAAGCCGAGAAAAAGGAAAGAAAACCCAAAAUAGUGGAGUUUUCUUAACUUCUUCGACAUCAUGUGUUGCAAGCAGUGCAGACGAUAACAUUAGGCAAGCGGAUUUGGCCUAUUAUGGAAAAUUAGAAGAUAUAAUUGAGUUAAAUUACUAUGGUCAUUUUAAAGUGACUUUAUUCAAGUGCAAGUGGGCUGACACCACAAAAGAUAGGGGGUUUAAAAAGGAUCCAUGGGGUUUCAAUUGUAUUAAUUUUUCACGAUUAAUACACAUUGGAGACCGUGAGGAGAAUGAUCCCUACAUUGAAGCUUCACAAGCUGAAAUAGUGUACUAUGUCAACGAUGAGGUGAAUAAGGAUUGGACAAUUGCUGUCCAUUUGAAACCAAGAGACGUUUAUGAUAUGGGAGAAAGAGAUAUUGAUGUGUGUGAAGUUGAAGCGUGUCCGCAACAAGACUUAAAUAAUUUUUUCACUGAUUCUGAACAAUUGGCACUAUUUAGGGAUGAUGAAGAUGAUGAAUUAUUAAAUGGGGACAACAAUAAUAAUGAACUUGAUGAAAAUGAUUCAAUGUCAGAGUAA